ACCGUGCCUGUGCCAUUCGCACCAUUCGCUGCUGUGGCGAAGAUUGAGGGCUCGAUGAGCUUCGAAGAAUUGUGGCCGGAGUAUGAGGCGAAGAUGAAGGCUGGUGGAAAGGAAAGUGCCAGCGAUGCAGCCAUCAGCGCCUUCAAGUACAACUUCAAGGUCUUGGCCUCGGGUGCCAGCACGAUGAUCCCGGAGUCUCAACUGGAGCCUGUGGCCGCGUUGCCAGACUUGGAGGCCCUGAACAUCUCAGUGGAUCCAGCACUGCUCAAAGAGACGGUGGUGUUAAAACUGAAUGGCGGCUUGGGCACCAGCAUGGGCCUCGAUAAGGCCAAGUCACUUUUGCAUGUGACCGACGGAAAUACCUUCUUGGAUCUCAUAGCAAAGCAGGUGGAUUGGAUGAAGAAGAAAUACAGCAUGCCAGACCUGAAGUUCAUGCUCAUGAAUUCCUUCUCCACCUCGGCAGAUACACUGCAGGCCUUGUCGAAAUAUCCCGACCUUGGCGGCGAAGAUUUGGAGUUCGUCCAAAACAAAGCGCCCAAGGUGGCAGCCGAAAACUUGAAGCCAGUGGUGUGGCCCGCCGAUCCAGGCCACGAGUGGUGUCCCCCUGGCCAUGGAGAUCUCUAUCCAGCCAUGUUAGGAAGUGGGGCCCUGGACAAGCUCCUGGCGCAAGGAGUGAAGUACAUGUUCGUGUCCAACUCAGACAAUUUGGGCGCCACACUGGACCUGAAGCUCUUGACCCACUUCGCACAGUCAGGUGCACCUUUUCUGAUGGAAGUUGCUGCGCGCACAGAUGCGGAUAAAAAAGGAGGACAUCUGGCUGUACUGAAGGGCGGCGGUCUGACGCUUCGAGAAUCCGCGCAGUGCCCAAAGGAGGAUGAAAAGGCCUUCCAGGAUGUCUCCAAGUAUGCCUACUUCAAUACCAACAAUCUUUGGGUUCAUUUGGGCAAACUCAAAGAGCUGUUUGACAAGAGCGGUGGAGCACUGCCAUUGCCGGUGAUGAAGAACGACAAGACAGUGGAUCCGAGAGACAAGAAAUCGACCAAAGUCAUUCAGCUCGAAACUGCCAUGGGUGCAGCCAUUUCCUGCUUCGAAGGAGCCCAGGCCAUUCGAAUCCCAAGAUCACGUUUCGCACCAGUGAAAAAGUGCGAUGAUUUGUUGGCCCUGCGAUCAGAUGCCUACAAGUUGACGGAGGACUUCCGCAUCGAGUUGAUCCCCGAACGCCAAGGGGUGCCGCCCAUUGUGAAACUGGACGACCUCUACAAAUUUGUGGAUGGUUUGGAGAAGUUGAUCCCCAAUGGUGUGCCCAGUUUGAAGGAUUGCACCUCACUGAAAGUAGAAGGUCCCAUGGAAUUUGCACCUGGUGUCAUCAUCCGGGGCAAAGUGGUCUUCAAGAACUCAUUUUGCCCAUUCAGCUCGGAGAAGAAAGUGAUAGCCGCAAGAGUUUAUCAGAACGAGGUCGUCGAACUGUCAUGACUAAUGACGCGACUGUAGACUCACAAUGUUUUUUUGAUGGUGGUUUCAAGCAUUUGUUAUGUCCUUUUUGG